GGAGCCGAGUUAGUCGGUACUAAGGCAGCUCAGAGUGAUAACACACACACACACACUCCGCGAGUAGGCCACGUGAAGAAGGUCAACGAACAGACAUACAAAUCUCCAUCGCUUUACAGAGCUGGGAAGAUAUUCGGAGACUCAUCACACAGUGCCUUAGAGACAGAACGAAUGAAACCAGGAUUGGAGCGCGGGUUUCCUGAAAGCAGAGGCUCAUUUCACUGAACUCGCGCCAAAAGUUUUUGGAGGGAAACGGCGUGAGGGUCGAGCGUCAAGAUGGUGAAGUUCGAGGGUACUUACAAACACGACAAGGAUGACAAUUUAGAAGCCGUUUUCGCCAAGAUGGGCAUGAACUUCUUCAUCCGAAAACUGGCGUCGAGGAGCAAGCCGACGGUAGACAUUAACGUGAACGACGACAGCUGGACCAUCACCACCACGCUGCCCAUCAAGACCCUCACGUGGAAUUUCAAGAUGGGGCAGAGCGUGCCUGUGGACGGGCCGGAAGGGUUGAUUGAGUCUGUGUUCACCCUAGACGGCGAUAAGAUGUUGCAAACGCCCGUGGACUUGGCGAAUGACAAGGCUAUACUAAUCGAGAGGCUUUUCACUGACGAAGGGAUGGUGCAGACGAUGACCCACAAACCAUCGGGAACAGUGGCCAAAAGGUGGUUUGUGCGAGCAUAAACAACUCCAAAAUAAAAAGGAUGACAACUUUACUGACAUUAUUAGAAAUUAAGUGAGCUGGGGUGUAGGUUAGUAGGUAAAGUGGGUACGUUUUAGUGGCAUUAGUGGGUAAGCCUAGUGGUAAAUAGAUUAGCGGUGUAAAAGCUCAGUGGCGUGAAGAGAGAGAGAGAGAGAGAGAGAGAGAGAGAGAGAGAGAGAGAGAGAAGAGAGAGAGAGAGAGAGAGAGAGAGAGAGAGAGAGAGAGAGAGAGAGAGAGAGAGAGAGAAAACGGGAAAAGAGAGUUGGGCGCACGUGUUCACAGUAAAUCAAUUUAUUUGGGAAAAGAUUGGUAGUAGACAGCUACAAAUAAUGUUAAUGGACAAAGGCAAAUCAAACUGCGAGUGAUUGGAUAUCUCAAGGUGUUAUUUUUUAUAUGUACAAACAAAAUGCUCUUUUCGGCUAGGUAGAGAGAAUUAUUUUAAGUCCAAAACAUGAUUAAAAUGUAGUGGCUGGCUGUAGGAGUGAGAACAGCCUCAGCAAAGGAGCGCUUAGAUAUAAAGAUGCAGAGAAAUUUG